AUGCAUCAGCCGAGGUCUAAUAUACCAAGACCUUCGCGUCACAUUAUUAAAACAAUAUUAUCUACAGAAAACAAAGAAAAGAAGUGCGCGGAUAUUUUUAAAAACUCUGGCCCUGAAUACUCCAGUAAGGAACGGCGAUGUAUAAGGAAUGAACUAAAAAAAUCACAGAUACUAGAUGAAAAAUCUUUAAGUGAACGAACAACUCCUGAGGGUUUGGAUGCUAACGUGGUUGAUUAUCUGGACCACAAUAAGAUGUUCUUGGAGUCGUAUAUCAUCAACAGCGUUUCUAUAAACCAACUGGAAAAAUGGCUGGCCAAAAAGAGACAUAAGUAUUACGAAUCAGGAAACGAUUUUCGUCACAGUGAUAGACUUAAAGAGAAAAUUUCUAACAAAAAUGUUUUUCUGGAGCUGUUCAACAGCUUGAAAAGGGAUAAGAAUGAACAUUCUAUUGUUAUUGACAUAGUGCGUCUAAUUACUAUGACGAUUGAAGUAGAUGCCUACAGAGUUUAUAAAUUAUUUCCCGAUCAUGACAGUUUUGUCCAAUAUUUUGUAGCAGAUCAAAGUCAGCUUAUAUCUACACAAUUACGUCGCGUGGAUUUAAAUCAAAUUGAAAACGUCCUUCGUGUGGCAAAAGAUGGGACAUGUUUACGUCUAUCAAGAGAAAAUACGGUCAAUUUUCCACGGAUAUGUAAAAAUUUACUUGAGGCUUUCGGAAUCAGAAAUUUGGAAGAAGCAAAACAUGUUCUAUACCAACCAAUAUUGACCGCAAAUAGCAAAACUGGAUAUGUUAUAGAGAUGUGGCGCACAAAAAAGGAAUUUGAUGACAGAGACGAACAUUUAAGUUCUAACUACAUUGUAUGGGGAAGUCUCAUCUUACAAUAUUGUAAUUUAUGUCUUGACAAAAUGCGUGAACGUAACAUGACUGAUUUUCUAUUGGACGUUGUUAAGGCUAUUUUUGAAGAAAUGGUGUCACUUGAACAACUUGUCAAAAGAAUAUUGGAGUUCGCCCAAAAAUUGGUCAGCGCCGAUCGAGCUUCCCUUUUUCUUGUGGACCAUAGGAAUAAUGAGCUAGUAUCAACUGUGUUUGAUUUAAAAUUUGAACCUGGACAAGGUCGUGACGUGGAGAAAAAAGAAAUCAGAAUGCCUAUUGACCGGGGUAUAGCUGGUCACGUCGCCUUAUCCGGGGAAACCAUGAACAUACCAGAUGCAUAUUCAGACUAUAGAUUUAACAGGGACGUGGAUGAAGUUACUGGUUAUACCACAAACAGCAUACUUUGUAUGCCAGUUAAAGUACAAGGAAAGGUCAUAGGUGUGGUGCAAAUGGUUAAUAAAAUCAAUGCCGACAACUUUGAUCGCGAGGAUGAAGUUGCAUUUGAAAUAUUUUCAACGUUUUUUGGGCUCGCUUUACACCAUGCGAGACUGUACGACAAAAUCAUGAGAAAAGAGCAAAGAUACAGGGUUGCUUUGGAGGUGCUCAGCUAUCAUAAUACAUGUAAAGAAGACGAAGUGCGGAGAGUUCUAGAGAGCAAUGAAGAUAAAGAGGAAGAUGUAACAUCAUUGACAAAUUUCUAUUUCGAUCCAUACAAAUUGGGUGACAUUCAAAAAUGCAAAGCCGUCAUCACCAUGUUCGAUGAUCUUUUCGAGCUUUCGAAGUUCGAUUUCAUGACGAUAACGAGAUUCAUCCUAACAGUUAAAAAGAACUAUAGGGCAGUGCCUUAUCACAAUUUCGAUCAUGGAUGGUCAGUAGCUCAUGCUAUGUACGUUAUCAUUAAAAAGGACCACAGGAAAUGCCUUGACUACAAAAUGAGACUGGCGUUAUUCGUCGCAUGUUUAUGUCAUGAUUUGGAUCAUAGAGGUUAUACCAAUAAAUAUUUAAAUGAAAUAGCCUCCCCACUUGCUGCUAUGUACACUACAUCACCGUUGGAACAUCAUCAUUUUAAUAUAACUGUAACUAUUUUGCAACAGGAUGGACACAAUAUAUUCUCGCAUCUGUCCAGUCAAGAAUACAAAGACAUUCUAGGCUACAUAAGGAAUUGUAUAUUGGCAACGGAUCUGGCUGCAUUCUUUCCUAAUUUAGCUAAAUUACAAGAAAUUCACAAUAUGGAUGCGAAACGUCCUCAUUUCAAUUGGAGUAUUCCUAGUCACAGGGACUUAGGGAUGGCGAUUUCAAUGACAGCAGCCGAUUUGUCGGCUUCCGCUAAACCGUGGGAUAUACAGAUAAAAACCGUUAAGGUGAUCUUCAAAGAGUUUUACGAGCAGGGAGAUAAAGAAAGGGAAGCUGGGAAAACUCCCAUACCUAUGAUGGAUCGGAAUAAGCCAGAAGAACAACCGGCUAGUCAGGUCGGCUUUUUGAGUCAAAUCUGCAUACCUUGCUAUACCAUUUUAUAUAAAAUACUCCCAAAGACUAAGCCAAUGUAUGUAAUGGCUUUUAAAAAUCUUAAUAAUUGGAAAUCAAAAGUUACCAAAAAGAUUGACGAUUCUGGUAAAGACGAGGAUUCCAGCGAGGACACUUUAGAAGUUAUAUCAGAUUCAGAAUUAGAGGAAGACGAAGAAUGCGAGAAGACGGACACUGAAUGUGAUAAAGUUGAAGUUAGUUCCAGUGUUCAUGCUGAUUUAGAUGAACUUCAAAAAGAGGAAGAUGAUAAUAAUAUAGAAGAUAUAAAUAGCAAAAUAACUGGCGGAUGGAAAUGUAUAAAGUCUGACUCGGUGUCUUGGGAGGAAGAUCAGGAUUUAAAAGUUGCUGAGACAAGAAAAAUAAAAAUUUGGAAGGACGUGCAUGGUAACUUAAUCGACGAAGAUGGUGUAGUCACGAGAUCUAAUAAAACUUUAAAAGUAGAGAUCGUAAGACCAUUACUUAGCAAUGUAGAGAAUAAGAUAUAA